AUGGAAGUUUCCAUCUUGCCGCCGACGCUGGGAUGUUUCGAUGUUGGAUUUGCAAGUAUACCACCCAGUGUGGUAUCUAGAUGUGUCUCGCACGCGAAGAGGCCGUCACAGCGAAGGCCAGACCUUCUGAGCAAACCUGGAGGGAACGAUGCACAAUACACAGCUGCUGCUCCUAACACGCAGACAGAGUCUCGUCUGUUGUCAUUACCCCUGGAGAUCCGACUGCUGAUAUACGACUGGGUAUACAGAAUGAGCCCAAUUGAAAAGACGAUACCGCAUGAAGCAUAUCCUAUUCCCGCGCCAAGAUCACAUCACACACGUCUAGUUCAAGAUGAAGAAGAGCUCCAACCAGAGUGUCGAAAAAAACUUGGCGGUCGUGGCCUGCUUUGUCAAGAGCGAUUCUACAACCACAUUCCGUGUAAUUUACUACGACUUAAUCGCCAAAUAUACGUGGAGGCCAGAACUAUACCGUUUCAUAGCAAUGAGUUCGUCUUCGAUAACUGGUUCUCGUCCGGCUUAGUUGCAGCGUCGACAAUGGUGACGGAUGUGUUUGAGACGUGGCAGACAAGAGCUAUGCGCUUUGCAAGAAUUGGUACAGAUCAAAAGGAUUUUCGUGACGACUUCGGCUUAGGGUUGUGGAGGAAGUUGAGCACAGAAUGGCGAGAUAGUCUUCGUGGCUUAAAGGUGUUGAUUCAUGUCUCGAAAGAUGCCGUAUCUGAGGACACGAAUCUGCUUGAUGUGCUUGACGGAUUGGCUGAGCGUUGGGUGGUUGACGGGUACUUGGCUGAGAUGAAGGCUUUAGAACGGCUGGAAGUUGAGCUUUCCACACCGCCUUGGUGCUCAGAUACGGAUAAACUGGCCUGGUGCAGAGCUCUCCAGUUGCUGCUGGAGUGUCGUGACUCACAUGCUGAUGUGGUUUGCGUUCAGUGUGACCCUGACAGGUAG